GUGUCUUCUUUCAGGUACUAAUGGCUUUUAGGGAUAUACAAAAAGAGCUGCAGGAAGAUGCUCGGAUUCGAGGGAUGAGCAACUGCUCCAUGAUACCCAGGUCAUUUGCAUUUGGGACUGGCAUCAGGCCUCCAGAUUCUGGGAUGACCCUAAAUUUGGGAAGCACUGGAGAACAGCCAUCAAGGGCCCAGGCCCACAACCUAAGAAGACAGUUCUCUGAUCAAUCAGCUUGCUACCCUGGACCCUAACCCUACAAUCAAGAAAAGAAGGUCUCUCUUCUGCUUCUGCCAGGUUUCACCCACAUGGCCUUUCCCCUGAGGUCUCCCCUGCCCAUCCUUCUAUAGUCAAGAAACCACGCCUCAUGGGUCCUCACUAGAACAUGAGAGAGCAGCGCCAAACCAAGCAGGGCACAGCUUAGGUUGCCUGAAAAAAAGAGAAGUUACUCGGCAGACAUCACCCCUAACCCAGAAGAGAAACUGACCCUCAUGGACAAAGAUACCAUGAUCUUCGGCCGCACCUGGUAACUUGGAAAUUGAAUGAGACCCAAGCACAUCACAACUGCCAAGCAAAGAAACCAGCAAACAAACAACCAGUAAAAUAAAUGUGAUAUAAAAGGCACUCACUUUA